AUGGGCAAGCCCCAUCAUGGUACCGUACUACCCAGAAACCGGCAUGCCCAUGGCUUCCACAAGGGUCCUGAUGGCGGUAUGUUUUCAUUAGAAGUUUGUGAGAGGUUGAAGGGAGAUCUCCAUGAGCCCCUUAAUAAGGAUUGUAAUUUAGGAUCAGAUGAUAAUGAGUUCCUCAAUUAUGUUUCUACAUUAGAUAAUCCCAAGACUUCAUUGGAUCUAGUAAAGUCAUGGAAGGAAGAAGGAAAUUCCUUUUUCAGUCAUAGGGAUAUUAAUGAUGCUUUAGAGUGUUAUGGUUUUGCUGGUGUGAUGCUUAGCCUAAUUGACUUGGAGGAGAAAGAUGCUAUAUUUUUUUGCGAAUUAGCUUUCUGCAUCUUGCUGAAUUUAGCUGCUUGUUUCCUGAAGAUAAAUGAAUUUGAUCAAGUUGGUCUUCUUUGCUCUGUUGUUUUAAGCUUUGACCCGUGCAAGGUAAAAGGUUUGUUUAGAAGAGCUAGAGCAUCGGUGGGAAUAGGAAGGUGUGAUCUAGCUUAUUGUGAUUUGCUACAAGCCUCUAAGAUUGACCCAUCAAACAAAGAAAUUGCUAAGAAAUUAAAUGAAGUUCAGAGUUCAUUUAUUAAGUAG